AUGCCAUCACAAUUAAGAUACUUGCAGUAUGUAUCGAGAAGGAACGUCGCCACAGAGUGGCCCCCAUUAGACAGGGAUCUCACAAUGGAUUGUGUCAUUAUUAGAACAAUCCCAAACUUCGAUGGAGAAGGUGGAUGCUGGCCAAUUUUUCGUAUUUAUGGGCAAGAUCCUCGCCAAGCGUCUGACCGUACACCUAAGGUUCUAUUUUCAACUCCAAAGAAGAGUAGAGUUGUUCGACAUUACAAGCAGCAACAUUUUGAUCUCAAGGUGUUGUUGUACUGGAAUGUAUCUGCUUGCUUGGCAACAAAGAUCGGGAAGUCAUGA